AUGGGUCUCAGAGUGGCUGUUCUGCUGCUGUUGGUGUUUCUGCUGUUUCACGUCAUCAUCGAAACGCCGGCACGCACCGCUGGGAGAACCUUUAAGACAGCUGCAUGUCUACAACUUGGCUGUAGGGCUCUGCCGGCGUCCUUCCUCUCCUCUUAUGGCGUUGAUCUCGGCUUUAUCUCUCAGAAACAUGCGUUUAAAUCUCAAUUUUCUCCUGUUAGAUUCCAUUCAGAUCAAUUGAAGUCUGUUUAUUCUCCUCCUCUUUCUUCGAUUCCUCAAGCUCGUGCUGCACUCAACUCGGCGAUAUCCAAACAACAGCAACUGCAGCAGCACCGCAUACUGCACCGUGCAUCACGCUCCACAAUGACAAAGACAGCACUUGUUAUUCUUGCCAAUGGCGCCGAAGAUAUUGAAUUCGCAUCGCCUGUUGAUGUCCUGCGUCGCGCAGGAGUUAAAGUAGUUGUUGCAAGUCUCGGUGAAGGGCUAAUUGUGAAGACAGCUCAGGGGCUGCGCAUUGAAGGAGAUAUGCCGCUGGAAGAUGUCUCUCCUGACGCUCACUACGACGUAAUUGUGCUCCCUGGUGGUUUAAAGGGGGCUGAGAACUGCAGAGACAGUGCACAUCUUGCUUCUCUUUUGAAGCAGCAGCAUGCAGCAGGCCGAUGGAUUGCAGCAAUCUGCGCGUCUCCUGCGCUCGUGCUUACACAUCAUGGGUUGUUAGAAAAUAUUAACUCUGUUGCUUACCCCUCUUUCAUGAGUCAUAUUAAGCACAAAGGAGAAGGCCGCGUCUGCGUAGACAAACACUACAUUACAUCCAUCGGGCCCGGCAGUGCUAUGGAGUUUAGUUUAGAAAUUGUUAAACGUUUGUGCGGGGAGGCGAAAUAUGAAGAAUUGCGCAAAGGGCUUUGUGUAGUUUAA